CACAGUUACCAAUGACCAUGCAACUCCAGUUCUCCUCCGAAGGAUCCAUUCUGUAGAAGAUGUCUCUUUAACUAUCUAUGCAAACUCUGAAGAUUGGGCUAAAACAAAUUCUGUGUUAUGGUCUGGCAGUCAAAGUUUCAACUUUUUCAAGGGAGGGAGGUGGUUUAGAAAUAAUUUGAGGUGCUUGUGAGAGAGAAGUUUUCUGAGAAGUUCAUUCCGUUAUCAUGGGUAGAAGCCAAGAAGGAACCAUCACAAGCAAGGAGCGGGUCCAGACAUCUCCAAUCAUGGAAUCGCAUAUGCACAAGAAGGAGAAAGUACAAGUGUUCUCAAAUUCCAUAGAUUCGCAUAUCCAAUCACGCUGCCUGGUCUGUUUGGGAAACAACAGCUGCCGAACUGUUCGUUCAAGAACAAAACUAAUGAAUAUUUUGAUUGAAAGGGGGAGGCCUCAUGAAGUCCAGACCAUCUUCAACAGUUUAGUAGAAGAAGGACACAGGCCAACACUAAUAACAUACACAACACUCGUAGCUGCCUUGACCCGCCAGAAACGUUUCAAGUCCGUUCCUGCACUUCUUUCUAAGCUGAAAGAAAAUGGUAUGAAGCCCGACUCGAUACUUUUCAAUGCCAUGAUAAAUGCUUUUACCGAAUCCGGGAAGGUAGACGAUGCCAUGAAAAUCUUUUGGAGAAUGGAGAAGAAUGGAUGCAGACCCACUACUAGCACUUUCAACACCCUCAUUAAAGGAUAUGGAAUUGCUGGUAAGCCUGAAGAAUCUCUGAAAUUGCUAGAGCUUAUGUCAAAGUAUGAAAAUGCGAAACCGAAUGAUAGGACAUAUAAUAUUCUUGUUAGAGCUUGGUGUAACAAGAAGAAAAUUGAUGAAGCAUGGAAUGUGGUGUAUAAGAUGGUUGCAUCUGGUGUGCAACCUGAUGUUGUCACUUAUAACACAUUGGCAAAGGCUUAUGCUGAGAAUGGGGAGACAUGGAGGGCUGAAAGGAUGAUCUUGGAGAUGGAGAGCAAUAGAGUUCGUCCGAAUGAGAGAACUUGUGGCAUCAUCAUAAAUGGAUAUUGUAAAGAAGGAAAUAUGAAAGAUGCCUUGAGGUUUGUGUACAGGAUGAAGGAGCUUGGUGUGCAUCCAAAUCUUGUUGUUUUCAACUCUCUUAUCAAGGGAUUCCUGGAAAUUACCGACACGGAUGGAAUCAACGAGGCACUAUCAAUGAUGGAAAAAUUUGGGAUCAACCCCGAUGUUAUCACAUUUAGCACCAUCAUGAAUGCAUGGAUCUCCGCAGGCCUCAUGGACAAAUGCCAGGAGAUCUUCAAUGACAUGUUGAAAUCUGGUAUUGAACCCGACAUUCACGCAUUCAGUAUUCUCGCAAAAGGUUAUGUACGAGCCAGUGAGCCAGGGAAGGCCCAGUCACUUCUUACUUCAAUGAGCAAAUACGGUGUCCAUGCAAAUGUCGUGAUCUUCACAACCAUUAUCAGCGGGUGGUGCAGUGCAGGGAAAAUGGAUCUCGCAAUGAGAGCUUACGAGAAAAUGUGCGAAAUGGACGUCUCCCCAAAUCUCAAAACCUUUGAGACCCUAAUAUGGGGAUAUGGAGAAGCAAAGCAGCCAUGGAAUGCAGAAGAACUGCUCCACAUCAUGGAACAGAAGGGAGUUUCUCCCGAAAAGAGCACUUUCCGUCUUGUCGCAGAGGCUUGGCGUGCUAUAGGUUUUAUCACCGAAGCCAAGAGAAUUCUAAAUGAGGCAGAAGAAGAAGAGAAGGACGUUUUACCAAAAACUGCGAAGGAAGAAAAAUCUUUGGAGGGUUUGGAGACAAUUUGCAAGAAACAACACUUGAGAGCUUCUUCUUAUCCUAAUAUUUUGCAGGUUCCUGGACUAGUUGCUGAGAAACCAACUGCUGCUAACAUGAGAAAAGGCCAGAUGGUUUCUAAAGGAUUUGAGUACUCAUCUGAAGGCAUUCAAAAUGCCACCAAAUUUAUUUUUCUUCCUCAUACAAGCGUGGUAAGAGUGCAACCGAUGAUCGUAUGUCGAAAGCAAUUGCAGGGUGGUCUUGUUGGGCUACAUGGGAACUUUGUAAAUAAAUGUAGAGUGGUGUUCAUAUGAAACAAGGAUUCGAGGAAACGCAGGAUCCUAUGUUGGCAAGGGAUGAAAUUCUGUUCUGCCUUAAAGUCGAUUUUUGUCGGUUCCUUGAAGUUCAGGAGCCUUGAAGAUUCUUUGCUGUUCAAAAUUGUUGAUUAUUUGGUUUGCAGCAUACCAACAUAUACCUCCAAUUUCUGUUGCAAAUCAACUGUACGUAAUCAUUUGAUUUGUUUCAUGAAAUGUGUAAUAUAUACUUACUAUUCAAGCCCAGAUAACAAACAGCUUUUGUCAAUUUUCCAAUAAAUAGACAAUGGAAUAUUUUUACUUUGGAAA